AUGGCUGCAAAUAACAUCGUGAUUCUCGGGGCCGGAGUGUCAGGACUCACCACUGCAUAUCUCCUGUCUAAGGAUGCUGCCAAUAGCAUCACUGUGGUAGCUAAGCAUAUGCCCGGAGACUAUGACAUCGAAUAUUGUUCUCCUUGGGCCGGUGCCAACUAUCUCCCGGUGGGCAAGUCUGGAAGCCCUCACGAGAAGUGGGAGCGUGAGACCUGGCCCGUUCUGAAGGAAUUGACCGAGAAGCACCCUGAUGCUGGCAUUCACUUCCAAGACACCAUUGUCUAUAACCGAGCCAAGGAUCAAGACUCACCUACCGGCCAGUGGUUUUCUGAGCUGGUCCGGCCCAAUCCGUGGUACAAGGAUGUUGUUCCUGAUUUCACAAGCAUCCCAGCAGAGAAACUAGCCCCCGGCAUUGACAACGCGCAAAAGUUCACCUCAGUUUGCAUUAACACAGCUGUCUACCUGCCAUGGCUUGUGAGCCAAUGUCGCAAGAACGGCGUUACCUUCAAGAGAGCUGUUUUCAAACAUGUCGCGGACGCUGCAAGCGCUCACCAUUCGGGAAAGAAGGCGGACGUGGUCGUCAACUGUACCGGCCUCUCGUCCAAAAAGUUGGGUGGAGUAUGUGACGAAAAGCUGUACCCAGCACGUGGUCAGAUCGUCAUCGUCCGCAACGAUCCUGGAGCCAUGGUUUCAAUUUCCGGAUCCGACGAUGGCGACGAUGAGCUGGUCUACAUGAUGACCCGAGCCGCGGGCGGUGGGACCAUCAUCGGCGGUUCAUACCAAAAGGACCAGUGGGAUCCGUUGCCCGAUCCCAACCUCGCCGUGCGGAUCAUGAAGCGCGCGGUUGCCUUGUGCCCCCAGCUUGUUGGCGAAGGCCAAGGCAUUGAAGGACUGGAUAUUAUCCGCCACGGCGUUGGAUUGCGACCCCUCCGAGAGGGUGGAACCCGCAUUGAGGCAGACAAAAUCGAUGGAGUGUCAGUCGUACAUAACUAUGGCCACGGUGGUUUUGGAUACCAGGCCUCAUAUGGCUGUGCCGCUGAGGCGGUUCGCUUGGUGAAUGACGUCUUGCAGCGAAAGGAUCGGGCGAAGUUGUAG